AUGCUUACCAUUCCUCAGAUUGCCAUCCUGGGAGACCAGUCAAGCGGUAAAUCAAGCGUUCUGGCGGCCAUCAUAAAGCUGUCGUUUCCCCGCAACGUCGAGACAUGCACACACUUUGCCACACAAGUAAACAUACGCCAGAGCGAGCGAGCCGAAAUGUCGGCACAUAUCGAUGACGAGCCCGAGUUCAACGAGCGUAAUGCCUCACAGGACAAAGCAUGGAACAUCCACACAACUAUUAACGAAGCCAACGGCAUUCUGUAUUCAAAUGUAGAGGUUAGCGAAAUUGUUUUGAAAAUCAUUAUCUCAGGGCCGACAUCAUCUCUGCUGACCAUCAUCGAUCUUCCUGGCCACAUCAACACCACCACUAGUACGCAGGACAAGGGCAAUAGUUUCGACCAUACGAGCAAUCAACGCGCGGUACAAGCUCGACACCUUCGAGUCGGAUCUGCUUCCAAGUUUGGUAGACACACUUCUCAACAGACUCAAGCGUAUGAAGCUAGGCUACCUCGUAUUGAAGAACUCGGCCUUCAAGGACAUUGA